CCCGCUGUGAGGCGCUCGUGCCUGUCAAAGCGCGAGACUGUCAGUCUGACUUCCUGUAAACAAUGAAGAGUGAAGAACAGGGAAAUUAAUCAACUGCAGAAAAGUCAAUGGUGUAAAGAGCGGAUUGGGUCAUGGAGCACAUUCUAACUCCUAAGGUGGAGUGUGUGAAGCUCUUGGACAGAUACGCUGACAAAAAGCCAAACACUGGAACUUUAUACCUCACAGCAACUCACCUCAUUUUUGUGGAACAAUCUACCAACACACGCAAGGAAUUAUGGGUUCUGCAUCAUCAUAUCUCGUCCGUAGAGAAACUUCCCACCACUGCAUCAGGAUGUCCGCUGCUCAUCCACUGUAAAACUUUCCAGCGUCUCCACCUGCUGCUGCCCCGAGAGAAGGACGCUCAGGACGUCCAUCAGUCCCUCGUGCGCCUGUCUCAAACAGUGAAGGAGGACGAGCUCUACGCCUUCCUGUACAGCCCCCAGCAGGGUGCAGAUGAGCGGAGACAGGGCUGGGACCUCAUCAGCAUGAACGCUGACUUCAGCAGAAUGGGUUUGCCAAAUGAAUUCUGGGAAAUCAGUGACCUCAACAGCAACUAUGAGCUCUGCUCUACAUAUCCGCCAGUGCUCGGCAUCCCCAAGUGUGCCAGUGUUGCUACGGUAACAGGCAGUGCCAAGUUUAGGAGCCGGAACAGGCUUCCCGCUCUGUCGUAUUAUCACAAAGAUACCAAGGCAGCGAUCUGUCGGUGUAGUCAGCCUCUCGCAGGUUUGAGUUCUCGCUGUAUAGAAGAUGAACAGAUGCUGCAGGCUAUCCGUGAGGCCAAUCCCAACUGUCCUUUCAUUUACGUUGUGGACACAAGACCUAAGCUGAAUGCUAUGGCUAACCGCGCAGCAGGUAAAGGCUACGAAAACGAGGAUAAUUACACCAACAUCAGGUUCCACUUCCAGGGCAUCGAGAACAUCCAUGUCAUGAGGAGCAGUUUACAGAAACUCCUUGAGUUAUGUGCUCAGAAAACCGUCUCUAUGAGUGACUUCCUGACCGGACUAGAAAACUCUGGCUGGCUGAGACACAUCAAAGCAGUGAUGGACGCAGGGGUCUUUCUCUCUAAAGCAGUAGUUGAUGAGGGAGCGAGUGUGUUAGUGCACUGUUCUGAUGGAUGGGAUCGCACGGCGCAGGUGUGUUCGCUCGCCUCCAUUCUUAUUGACCCUUAUUACAGAACCAUCAAAGGACUCAUGGUUCUGAUAGAGAAAGAAUGGAUUGCUUUCGGACAUAAAUUCAGUCAGAGGUGUGGUCAUGUGGAAGGUGACCCUAAAGAGGUGUCCCCCGUGUUCACACAGUUUGUGGAGUGUGUGUGGCAGCUGAUGGAGCAGUUCCCCUGUGCGUUUCAGUUUAACGAACGCUUCCUACUCUCCAUCCACGAACAUGUCUACGCCUGUCACUAUGGUAACUUCAUCUGCAACAACCAGCGAGAGAGAGAGCAGCUAAGGCUCAGAGAGAGAACCUUCUCCGUGUGGCCAUAUCUCCUGGAGCAUCAGGAUGAGUUCAGAAACCCUCUGUACAAACGCACUACACACAAUGGCUUACUGAGACCCAACACCCUGCCACUGCACUUCAAGUUCUGGUGUGGGAUGUAUAAUCGUUAUGAUAAAGGGAUACAUCCGAGACAGUCCAUUCUGGACACGCUCCUGUCUCUGACUGUAAGACAGACGUUUGAGGAGAGGACGAUGACUGAACUGCAGAAACAGCUAGCUAUCGCUGAUGGAGUCCUCUCUGAUUCUGAUGGACCAAUCAGCAUGCUUCCUCAUCAAAACGGCCAUACUGAGGCCACGCCCACCUCCUCCUAUGUCCAAACAAACGGAGACUGUACGUCUUCGAGCGGCUGCACCGGAGCCGAGUCGGAGCAGGAGACAAACGAAAGCGAGCCAGAGGUGGUUGCGAAGGACAAAGCUGUUUCUAUGGCAACCCAGAUCUCUAAAGGGGAGGUAGAAAACAUGGAUCCUUCUUAAUCUCCCUAGUAACAAAACUGACCUUUUGGGAAAGAGCUGAAAGAGAAACAACAGAUCACUCAGGACACCCCCCCCCCCACACACACACAGUAUGAGCAGGUGAAUUAAACACACCAUAAAACCCAUUAUAACUGUGGCAUUACAAUAGAGUGAUAUUUUGGCCACGCCCCUAAACACCUUUUUUUUAACUAAUGAAACCAAAAUAAAAAAAUAGCAAUUUAUUUAAAACAUAAAAAGUAAAACAUAAUUAAAUACUUUAAACAUGGUUUAUUAUAAUAAAUGACGUUAGCCACGCCCCCAAACAUUCUUUACAUGUUGAACAUUUAAGUGAAUUCAUGUUUAGUUGACUCCGCCCUCCACACAAACACACCUUAUAGUGUGAAUAAUGGAAUGGUAUUUUAGCCACACCCCCAACAUUCCUUUACAGAACGUUGACCUGAUGACAUUAGAGCAGCGACAUUUUCUGCAACACGCCUUAAAAACACGUUUCUGCCUUUCGGGAAAUUUCUGAUUGUAAAUAAUAUUUUAAAAUGUUUUCUUUGUUUGUUUGUUUUAGACAUUAAGCUCUGCAUUGUUCCGACUUUUCAGCCCUUCGCACUCUUUUUGGCUACAUCGGAAGUUCCGUCGAUCAAUUUCGAUGACAAAAAAAGUCGAUAUCGUAAAGAACUGAAACCGUAACUUUUGUUUUUGUUUAAUGUUUCGAUGUUUAGUGAAAUUUUGUGGCAUGUGAAAAUUUAGUGCAAGAUAAAAAAGUUAUAAAAAUGUAAAAGCAAUAAUUCUGUAGAACUAAACCGCGAUGAUCAACGCACUGCCUGACGAGUCUGUUAGGGGUUUUUUACAGAUGACUUUUUUACAUUUAGCAUUUACAGAAAUUCAUGUUUGUAGUCUACAUGAAAUUCGGCACUUUUCCUUCAUUCAGUCACUGAUUCUGAGGCAUUUCGUUAUUUACUGUCAUCCAGACAGAGGUAUAAACUUCUGUAAUCUGUAACACUUCAUUACACCAUCAUAAGCACUGAAUAAACCUUUCCUAAGGCAGCGCUGGAUUCUUUAUGACACUUUUUUGCACUGUACUAAACCGGGGGCUUUAAAUUCCCAGUGUGUGUCAGUUACAUGAGCAUCCAGAACAAACCUUAGAAAGAAAAGGGACAUCAUUUAUACUUCAGUUGUUCAUUUAAAUAAGAAAAGAAAAUAAGAAAAAGACCAAAAAUGUAAAAUGUUUUUUUUUUGUUUUGUUUUGUUAGAAGUUUGAUAAAAGCAACUCGCUUAUAAAAAGAUAUAUUUUUGUACAUUUGUGAUUUUCACAUUUCUUCUUCUUUUUAAUUCUGAUUUCCUUUCUUCUUUUUUUGUUUGUUUUAUUUUGACCUGAUUUUAAUCUCGUCCCUGAUUUGAUCUCGUCCCUGAUUUGAUCUCGUCCCUGAUUUGAUCUCGUCCCUUCCCUGGACUCCACACUGUAUUGGGUCUGAUUUAUUUUGCAGAGAUUUUCCAUGACAGGAGGGAAGCUGUUAGUCAUUUACAUGUUUUAUACAAAUAUCCCAGUUUUAUAAGUGUAUGAAUGAAAAGCUGUGAAAUAAAGAAUACGGAGAAAUAAACUGUUUUAUUUGACUUUCA